AUGGGGGCAUCUACCAGCUCUGGUGCUAUGAACCUAUCUUUUACUUAUUUGUUGAAUUCGUCACUGUUUAAUGAACAGUUUCAACAGUUCAUGUUAAUGCAACAAUUUAAUCAAUUUCAAGCUACCAACCCACAAUUUCAUAAUCCACUUCUUCCUCAAUUCCAGAGGCCUAUAGGUGAGACUUCGUCUCAACCGGCACGAACUAGUGUCGCCUCUGUCGAGGAAGAAGUGGAAGAAGUUCCUGCCCCACCCAAACGGUUAACGAAAAAAGGGGUUGCUGUAGCGGAUAAGUUGAAGUGGUCAAAUCAGGAGGCGAUUUUGUUGGCUCAGGCGUGGACAAAUGCUUCACAAGACUCGAUUGUGGGGAUAAGCCAAGACGAGACUAUGUUUUGGGCCAAAGUGAUAGAGGAGUUCAACGAAAACCGGCCAGCGGGAGAGCGCAACAAAAGCCAACUACAAGGCAAAUGGAACAAGAUCAAAAGAACCACCAAGUUGUAUGGAGCAAUCUUGAAGAGAUUGGUAGAUCAAGGCCGCCAGAGCGAGUGUCCCGCAUUUUGGCAAGACCAUAGUAUUGCCAAAAGAAAUGCAGCUGAUUUUGUUGAUUUGGGUGAGGAUGAGGGACACAUUCGGGCUAGUCCGAGUGUGGAACCGGAUGUGGCUUUGAACCAGUUGUUUGAAGACGACCCAAUUAGGAGACCACCGGGUCGUAAUGUUAGCCGGAAAAUGUCUAGUGGCACAGAUGCCACUUAUAGUCGUGGUGGUUCGACUGGGUCAGAAAAGGCGUUGAACACCCUUGAUCUAAUGCUCAUGUUGCAAGAAGAGCAAGCCAAAAAAAUUGAGGAGGAUAGGAGGAGGAUAGAGGAAGAGCGGAAAAUGAGAAUGGAUGAUCGCUUUCGAAAGAAGGUCAGGGCGGUGUUUAAGCUUCUGCAGCAGCCAAUUCCAACCGGCAUAGACGAAGACGAGUUGCAGCAGGUCAGGACUACGCGCAAAAACCUCAUGGAUAAGUACGGGCCAUAUUUUAAUGAUAUGUAG